GUUCGGGCCGCACUCGGCUAUUUCCGCCUCUUUGUUUUAAACUCCGGGCCGAGCCCUUUAAAUCCCCCUUUUUCCUUUUAAAAUUUUUCUUGGGAAGGGGAAGAGGGGCCGGUGUUUCCCUCCGCCUCGCGUUUCCGACUCCUCUGCUCUCUGCCCUGCGGUGGUGCCCGAAGAAGGACGGGCCGGGGAGCGGAGGGUCGGCGGCGGCGGGGGGAGCCCCCGCUGUAGCCCCGAGCGGCGGCCGCGCCCCCCCCCCGUCAGACACAGGAACUCAGAUACUACUUUCAGGAUUCAAAAUAGGAAGAGACACCAAAGAUGCUAACAAGAAAGAUUAAGCUUUGGGACAUUAAUGCCCAUAUAACCUGUCGUCUGUGCAAUGGAUACCUGAUUGAUGCUACUACUGUAACAGAAUGCUUGCAUACUUUCUGUAGAAGCUGCCUAGUGAAAUAUUUGGAGGAAAACAACACCUGUCCAACCUGUAGGAUUGUUAUACAUCAGAGCCACCCAUUACAGUAUAUUGGUCAUGACAGAACAAUGCAAGAUAUUGUUUACAAACUUGUGCCAGGCCUCCAAGAAGCGGAAAUGAAAAAGCAAAGGGAGUUUUAUCACAAACUGGGCAUGGAAGUUCCAGGGGACAUCAAAGGAGAGACAUGUUCUACAAAACAGCACCUAGAUUCUCAUCGAAAUGGUGAAACUAAAGCAGAUGAAAAUAUAAAUAAAGAAACUUCAGAGGAAAAACAGGAAGAAGAUAAUGACUACCACCGAAGUGAUGAACAGGUAAGCAUCUGCUUGGAGUGCAAUAGCAGCAAACUGCGUGGGUUGAAACGAAAAUGGAUUCGUUGCUCUGCACAAGCAACAGUCUUGCACCUAAAGAAGUUCAUUGCCAAAAAACUCAACCUUUCUUCUUUUAAUGAGCUGGACAUAUUAUGCAAUGAAGAGAUUCUUGGCAAGGACCACACGCUCAAGUUUGUAGUUGUUACUAGAUGGAGAUUUAAGAAAGCACCUCUACUGCUACAUUAUAGACCCAAAAUGGACUUGCUGUAAGGGAACUUUAUUGUCCUUCUGGACAGAGCUUUUUGCAGAGACUAUCAUCUGGCACCUUCUUAGUGCAUCAUUAAUCACAUGACACAAACCAGCUGAAUAAUUUUGGAAGACUGGAGGGCUUUCAUAGUGGACUGUCCUGAAUAUUUCUUCUAGGGAUGUGUUACCUAGACUUCCGGGCAGACAAUAUUUAUACUUUUUUUUGUAUGGAAGAAAGAAGUUUCAACUCAGCAAGACACUACCAGCAUUAAGUUUACAGAUACUGAAAACACUUCACAGUUCCAUGUAGCUCAGCCUGAUUUGUCUCUUACAGUUACACACAGAAAAAAAGUAGUGUUGUGGGGUGAUAUAAAUAUGUUGCUUUUGACACCAAGUUGCAUUUAGUUACUUCUUGCAUUCUAAAUCUUUAAAAACUAUAUUUUUGCAAAGUGGUAUUGUCUUAUAUAGUAUGCCUGAUUGCGUUGGCUUUAUUCAAGUUAUUCUGUAGAGCAUUGAACAUACCUGAUAAUACAGUGACUGGUAAUAAUUUAUUAUGCUGCAUUGAAAACUUAAGAAGAUCUGGGAAACCAAUAAAUUUGUCAUUUUUUGCCCAGUUAUUGUUCUCCCUCACCUUGUGUUUUAAUAAAGUUUAGAUACUUCUGUAUACGUGUUAAUUUGGUAAGACUAAUAGAAAUAAUUUUAGUUGAUUUUAAUGUGCCGUGAUAUAUAUUUUGCUAUGGUAUGAAUUGCACCAUGUAAUGAUAAAUACUCACAAGUGCUAGAUUUGUGAAUUUCUUAAGAAACAAGCAUUUCUUAUGUAUUUGUGGCUUGCAGAAAUCAGUUUUUAAUUUAGAGAAAAUUUGCUAUCACUAGCUAUUGAAACAGUGGCUCUGGGACAAUUUUGGGAGUAUUGCAGAUUUUUCAUUUCACUGAAUAAAAUUUCCUCAGAUAUUAUGGGCAGCUUUAAAUUUCUUUAGCUGUUUUCUUAUGAAACCAUAGCAUUUUUCCUUACUGCAAUUCCUAGCUUACAUGGGGUGAGGAGGAAGGGGGAAUCAAGACAAGAUUAUUUUAGCACCUUUUGGCCUUAACUAAUAAUUUUGCUUGCAUCAGCCCUAAUGGAUGCAAGGUGAUACACAUUCAUGUAUGUGUGGGUACAUACAUCUAUAUACACAUAUUACUAUGUAUGUUACAGAAAGCACCCUCAACGGCACUUGGCAGGGCUCACUGCACUUUUUGUAAGGCUUUUUGAAAUAAUUGGCUUUAAAAAAAAAGUAGUUGAAAGUGAUUUCUGCAAGUUAUACCCACUAUGUUUUGUCCAUAGUAUGAUUGUAAGAACAUUUGUCUGGCACAGGUGUGAAGUCACUGAAAACAGUGUAUGCCCUAAUACUGCCAGCUGGAAAUAGUUAACCUGAUUUUUGGAAGAGUUUUCCUGUCAGCUGAAAAUGCUAGUUGCUAUUCUUAUUAUUAAACCUUGUUUUGGUGGUGGGUUUUUUUCUUUUCUCUCUUUUUUGUUUUGUUUUGUUUUUGUGUUUUUGUUUUUGUUUUUUUGUUUUUUUUUUUAAUGUUGUCUUUGGAUAAGAAGCCCUGCUUCCUCUUGCUGUGCUCAUCCGCUUCUUCUGCUGGAAAGUGUUACUUGGUUACCAGAAGCUGAUACUGCAAGAGAUUAAUCUAAGCAUUUUAAAUAUUCUUCCUCCUGAGUUCUCAAAGUGCUGCAUUCCUCAGCACAUUUCCCUUAAUUUCCCUCCCUGGAGUCUUCAGUUCUCCUUUCCCAGCUUUGCUGCUGUUUGUGCUUACCUUUGACAAAAGAGCUCCUUAUUUUUGAUUACAGCCACAGAUGUGAGUAGGAAGGAAAUAAAAAAAAAAAUAAAAUUAUUUGAGCAGAGAAUGAGAGGGAACCUCCUGAAUUGUGAAGUUGGAAAGGAGAGCCGUACAAAGGCCAGAACAUGAUGCUGUCCUCGCAGGUGAAAGUCUUAAGAUAGCUGCAUUUGAAUGUUUAAGUUAUGCAGAGCUCCACAUCUUAUUCUUGUGUGACGUUGUGUGUGUGCAUGUCUGUGAUUCAUGGAAUCAAAUUUGGUUCUGAUUUUGUCUUGCUGCUGGUGUAUUUUCAGCUUUUUCUCUGUGUUUAGCAUUACUUCAUCUGGCAGAAAAGAACAAAUGACAUCAUGUAUUUAUAAUUUUUAAAACUUUCCAUGAAAGCAGUGAAUGCAGGUGAUAUGGAUGUGUACACAAGCUGACAUACUGGGCCUCUCUGGAGCUGUUUUUUACGUGGUUGUUACUGUUGUAGUGUAAAUAAGAGGCUGGCUUUGCCACUGAAGCACUGAGAAUAUGGACAUGACUGUAAGGGUCCUCAUUCUGUGCACCCAGAGUAUACACACAGUGGCUGUACCUGAUGUAGACAUAAAACUAAAGCUGCCAGACAGCAUUCUGAUUAACCACCUUAAUCAGAAUAUAUAUUAUAUACACACACACAAAUUAAAAAUAUACACACAUAAAUGAGAUCUGUCUACCUCAAGUGUGUGUACUGCAGAAAACUUUUGUAUGACUAGAUAUUGACGCAGUGCUAUUAAACUACAUUGGCAUUUCAUUACUUCCUUGUGUACUUGAGCAACUGAGAAAUUAAUUACAAACACACAAAUUGAGAAGCCUUUCAAAUAUAUCUCUUGCUGUAACGACUUACAGUACAAAACUUUUAAGUUUAUAACCAUCUUUAGAAUCACUUGAAUUUGUUAUGGUGCUAUCAGUAUAUAGAAAACUCUGUUUAUAUGGAUACAUAAAUUCAAGCCAGUAUUAAUACCUAUAGCUGGGGUUUUUGCUUGUAAUUGUGUGUAACUGCUUUUGCAAUGUG